GUGUGUCUCACCUACAACUGGAGGAUUAACGCGCAGUCUUGCCGAUUGUCAGACUGCCUGUCUCGCCAUCGCCAGAAAUAAAACGCACGAGGACGAUGCUACUCGUUGCUGCUCCUUGGGGGAGGGAAGGAGGUGCACAGUCUAGUGUGAGGAUGUUAGCAAGCAAGCGAGUGAGAGGUUUUCCAGGGGAGGAGGUUGCCGGACGCGGGAGGUAGACGGGUUUAGUUAUUUGUUGUGUUGUGUUGUUGUGGUGUUUUUUUUUUUUUUUUUUUUUUUUUUUUGAGAUUAGAGUUGUUUGAGGUGUAUGGCAACGUAGAGUGGGAAAUGGCGGGCAAGAAUGCGGAGGCGAGAAUAAUUUAGAUAAUUUGGAGGUGGUGAUUUAGCUGGAGAGGGAGUGGUUUAGGACCGCGAUUAGUAGUGAAGAUUUUUUGAAGUAGAGAGACAAUGGUGGUUGAUUGUGAGGAGACGAAGCGGAGUGGAAUGUGGUGGUGUUGAAUGUGAGCGCAGUCGGAGAUUUGUGCGAUUUGUACUUUUUAUAUAUAUUUUUUUCUUUCUUGGGGUUGCUUUGUAGGGGGGAAAGUUGUUUGACGAGUGUUGAUGUGAAAGAGGGGAAGCUUUGAUACAGUGAGUGAAACGGAGAGAGUGUUUUUUGAGGUGCUACGAUUUAUUUAUUUAUUCUUUAUGCGGGAUUGAGGUUGUAGCAACGGUUUUCCGAGCUGGAAAAUGGUUUCUGAUCACUGCAUUAUGAUUUUCUUCGGAGGAAAUUCGUACUUGGCACGUGCAUGUUAGAUGUGUGCAUGGCGGAGUUUGGACGAUUAGCAUUGAUUUGACGAUUUAGUGAAGUUUGUUGUGGCCGAUUUUUUUUUGAAGGUGAUCGGACUGAAUGUCGCCGGGUACAAAUCGUGGGGAACACGCUUGGCGGCAAACAAGCGCAGUUGUGGAACUGGUUCUGUGUCAUCAGUGCGCACACUGUUUUUGAGCGAGGCCUUGAAUCAGAAGUUAUUUGGGUGGCUAGUAAGGACCGACACUGCAAUGUGCGCUUGUGGCUCUAUUUCUGAGUGUCAACUGUAUUUUAAACCCCCCCUCCAUAGGUAAUCCAAACAACUCAUGGUAGGCGUUUCCAAAGACGUUGUUCACGUCUGUUGCGUUUAGAAAUCAUCUGGAGAAGCGGUUAAAGUGGAAGAUUGGAAUUGAUACGAAUGCGCUCGAUGCUGUUUGUGGACUCGAUCGCCUGCAGACAACUGUUGUAUCAUCGAGCCCAGCAGGACUAGCACACCAUCUAAAACAAGCCCUGAGGUUGGCUCCAAGAACUUGAUAGAAAUAAGCGGGCAUCAAGAGUGUUCGAAUCUUGGCAACGAAAGGUUGUCGAAAUGGCUCCCCAGAAGUUCGAUUUUGUUGAUUGGUGGAGCAAGGAGGUCCGCCGUGGGACUCCCGUGGUCGUCAAGAUGGAGAACCCAAACUAUUCCAUGCUGGAGAUUGAGAGCCCUAAGUCCAGUUUUGAGGACCAGAAAGAUAAAGAGAAGAACGCCAAACAGUUAACAUGGGUGCUUCUUCUCAAAGCACACAGGGCCGCGGGUUGUGUCGCUUGGGUUUGGUCCGGUGUAAUGAUAUUGCUUGCCGCCAUUAAGAAACGCCUCAUCCUGGGACAAGGAUUAGCUCAGCAAGACAAGCCUCACAAAGGAAAGUUGUUUAAGGCAAUUACAGGUUUCUUGGUUUUUGCCGUGAUGAUGUUGUGUGUGGAAGUUGCAGCUCAUGCUUUGAGUUGGCACUUCUCAACGCCACACUGGCCUUCCUCUUUCCGGAUUCAGGACCUUCCGCACGUGGUGUAUGUUGGGUGGAUGUACUUUCGUGCCAGCUACAUUGCGCCUACGCUUCAAAAAUUGACAGAUUUCUGUAUCUGGUUGUUCCUCAUCCAGUCAGUAGAUCGAAUUGUGUUGUUUCUCGGCUGUGUGUACAUCAGAUGGAAGGGCCUCAAGCCUGUUCCCAUCAAUCCAUCCCUGGAGUCUGACGACGCCGAGAACCCAGAUAGCGGGCAUCCCAUGGUUCUUGUUCAGAUUCCUAUGUGCAACGAGCGAGAGGUAUACGAGCAAUCCAUAUCAGCUGUUUGUCAGCUUGAUUGGCCCAAGAGCCGUAUCCUGAUUCAGGUUUUGGACGAUUCGUCAGAUGUUGAGACACGUUUUCUAAUUAAAAGUGAGGUUUCUAAAUGGCAACAGAAGGGAGUGAAUAUAGUGUACAGACACCGGGUUAACCGCACAGGAUACAAGGCCGGGAACAUGAAGUCAGCCAUGCAGUGUGAUUACGUAAAGAAGUAUGAAUUUGUGGCCAUUUUUGACGCAGACUUUCAGCCCAAGUCUGACUUCCUCAAACGCACAGUUCCUCACUUUAGAGACAAUCCUGAGCUUGCACUCGUGCAGACCCGUUGGUCUUUUGUCAACAAGGAUGAGAAUCUACUCACACGCCUUCAAAACAUCAAUUUGUCCUUUCAUUUCGAGGUGGAGCAGCAAGUGAAUGGUAUAUUCAUCAACUUCUUCGGCUUCAACGGCACAGCAGGGGUGUGGAGAAUUACAGCACUGGAGGAGUCAGGUGGCUGGUUGGAAAGGACUACUGUGGAGGACAUGGACAUUGCUGUCAGAGCUCAUCUUCAAGGCUGGAAGUUCAUCUUUCUCAACGAUGUUCGGUGCCUUUGUGAAUUGCCCGAGUCGUACGAGGCAUAUCGUAAGCAGCAACAUCGAUGGCACUCUGGCCCUAUGCAGCUUUUCCGCCUUUGUUUUCCAGACAUCAUAAAAGCUAAGAUCUCCUGGAUGAAGAAGGCAAACAUGAUCUUUCUCUUCUUCCUUCUGAGGAAACUCAUUCUCCCAUUCUAUUCAUUCACACUCUUCUGUAUUAUUCUACCAUUGACCAUGUUUGUUCCGGAAGCGACUCUGCCAGUUUGGGUUGUGUGCUACAUUCCGGCACUUAUGUCAAUCUUGAAUGUCAUCCCUUCACCCAAGUCAUUUCCUUUCCUAGUCCCCUACCUCCUCUUUGAGAAUACCAUGUCAGUGACCAAGUUCAAUGCCAUGAUUUCUGGCCUCUUCCAACUUAGCAGUGCGCACGAGUGGGUAGUGACCAAAAAAACUGGGCGAGCUUCUGAGGGAGACGUAUUGGAGAAAGACACGGCUAGAUCUACCGUGGCUCUGGACAAAACCAUGUCCGAGUCCGGUAUAGAUGCAUUGAAGACGCUUGAUGUGAAGCUGGAUCCUCUUGUACCCCCUUCAGUUCAUGAUGCAUUGCAACCGCCAAUGAAAAAGAAGAAUCGACUGUAUCGUAAGGAGUUGCUACUUUCUUUUCUGCUACUUACAGCUGCCGCACGGAGUUUGCUCUCUGCGCAGGGAAUUCAUUUCUAUUUUCUGCUCUUUCAAGGUAUCUCAUUCUUGGUGGUUGGACUUGAUCUAAUUGGGGAGCAAGUGAGUUGAUACUCUUCCUUGAAGUUGAAAACACUCUCAUUUUGAAGUCUCCAAGACUAAGCAUUUACAUGCUAGAAAAUCAUGUAACCUUAGAACGUCAACGUGUUGAAGGAGAUUUAAUUCAAUCUGCCGUAUUCUUCUCCAUUCGUGGUCACGGACAACACGAGGGCAGCCAGGCGUGCCACCUUCCGUUUAAGGAUUGUAUUGCCGAUUACUGCUAUGUAUCAAUUUUGGGGCUUUGGCGGGAACCGUAUGAUUAAAUGUGAUCUGGUGAAAGGUGCAAAGCACGAGUGUAACAAGACAUCCGAAAUAUUUCUGGAUGUGGAGGUUGAAGAGUAUCUCAUCAAGAACUGCACACUUUUUCCAGAGGAAGCAAAAGGCCUGGAAUGUGAAAGGAUUUGCCGGUAGUAAAAGGGGUGUACUCAAUAGGUAUGUCGGAUAACAAAAUGCUGCGAAAUAUUUGCUCUUCAUUGUGAUUGGGACAUUCUUUGAGCCUGUAUCAUUAUUUUAGAUGCCUACAUUUAGAAGCAAUCGUACUGUACGAAAUUGUCUUUAUAGCUCAUGUGAAUAAAUCUUCAGUUUCAUUGCACAUGACCAAA